GGCGGCGGCUCCGGAGCUGCCUACCGCCGGCCAUGGAGCCUCCCCUCCGGCCACCGACCCGCUCCGCUUCCUGCUGAGGAGAACACCUGUCCGGAGCGGGGCCGCGGCCGCGCACUGCGGUGAGUAGCGCCGUUCCGGGGUCGCCGCCGGACCCUUCCCCAGGCCGGCGCUGCCCGACGCCGAGGCUCCGCGGCCGGCCGGGGCCGGGCGGCUCGGACGGGGUGUCCCGCAGCGCAACUCCGCGGCCCGGCCCGGCCCCCGCGGCGGGCAGAUACGAGCGGGCUCGGGCUCCUUGCCGGGCUGCGGUGGGCUCCGCGGCUCCGCUCCUCCCGCGGGCGCUCGGUCCCGGCCGCCAUCUCGGGCGGGCACGGCCGCGGGGCGCUCUCGGCCCGGCCCGGCGCUGGCUGGGGGCUCGGCCCUGGCUUCGCGCUCCCGACUGUGCCCGGCCCGGGGUCAGGCGAGGCGCUCGGCUUUGAGAGCUCUUCGAGUGGCUGUGCUGAGUCGUUAGUCAGCACCGCAGCCCGCAAGGCAGCGCUGAGUGCGUCCGAGCCCGGCUGGUGCUUCGCUCUGCUUGGCCUCGGUGCCGAGUUUGGGCUUGGCCCGACGGAGAGUUGCAGGAUUGAUGAGAAACCCUCCGAGUGAAAUCAUUGGUACGCUGACCAAACUGUGCCAAGUGGGUGAUCCGCCUGCCUGUGCCCUUAAGGGCUGCGAGUUAGCUGUGCUGCACAUAAAGUUUAAACAAUAAAUGACUGUAUUUCCUCAUCAAAGAAAUAAUAAUCUCUUGUGUGACCCAGUACGUAUACAUCAUAAACUUUCCCUGACAAAUAAUAAUAAUAAUAAUAAUGACUGAAAUAGUAGCUUAGAACAUUCUGGAACUGGUGUUCUCUGUAGAUCCCGCCCACGAUAAGGAGUUCAACCUAGGUGAUCUUUAAGGUCUCUUACAGCCCAAGCCAUUCUGUGAUUCUAUGAUCCUGUGAUACAGUUUAAGGUCAAUAUUUGGAAAAAUAGGCGCAACUUGAAAUGACAGUGUGUUACUGCAGUAGCCGGAGCUGUGAUCCUUGGAUUUUCAGACCCUGCAUAGAUUUAAAAGUAAAUUACCCGUCACUGACAUUAACUGGUUAGUUAAAAUUCUUCCAAACUUCCUACCUUUAUUUUUAGAACCAGCUUGAAGUUACUGUUUCUUCCAGUUUUGGGUAUCUAUGCCAGAUAGAGAACUUCAGUAGAAACCAAAAUAUGCAGAAGUCUUUAGAAAAGACUCAGGGGCCCUGAAAAUAUUACAGUCCUCCCCAAAUUAUAGUCAGAUUCACUCUACAACCUCCUGUUAAGUUGUAUCUGCUAAUGAGUGUACUUCUUGAUGUAGAAGUCUGCAAUAUUACCUGUAACGUUUACUUGCUAAUGGAAGGAACUUGUGUUGAUUUAAUCCAGGUGAGAGCUGGUAGUUGCUAGUGGAUUUGACAGAAGAACCAAUCAAGACAGUUCUUUUAGCUGUGUUCAUGCUUAACGUGUUAGUGCUGCAUCUUCCCUGCAUUGCUCACGACUGCAUCGUAAUGCAUAUAGUAGGAAGAUAAAUUUUACUCCCCCGUCAAAUGCAAAGCAGUCUCCAGCUACAAAGCAGUGCUGGCGUGUAGAUGUAGCAUGCUGCUUGGAAACCUCUGCGUUGUGUCAUAUAUGUGGAUUUUUUUCUUCACUUAUCUUUACGGUUAGCUUUAUCUCCAAGUGUCAAUGUAAGUGAAUCAUUAUUGUAUUUGCAUAACAUAUAAUUCUUGCUUGGAUAGUGCCUAUUUUCCUGUAGAUUAUAUUAUCUGAGGAAGAGUUCACAGUAAAGUGAAAAGACUGAUUUGAAGUGUUUUUCACAUGGUGGAUUAACUAAAAGCGGAAACUAGUAGAAACAUAAGCAUAACUGGUAAAGAAUAAGCAAUAGUAAAACUCUAACACAGUCUUAACCAGGCAGGGAAGUUUGACAGGUGCACUGAUUUAGUAUUACUAUUUGUUACUUUUCAGUCUCUGUUACUGUGAACAGCAGUGGUUCCAUUCCCUUCCCUGCCCUACCACCCCUGCAACUGAUGAGUCAGAUCAAGGAAGUGAUCCAGCUGAAAAUUAACCAAUCCUUUCUGUUGUUGUUGCAGUCGGUUUGCUGACCUGAGCUAAGAGGUGGGAAAUUGAUGGGAGAUGGGAGCAAACCCGUUUGCUUCUUUUAGUUACCCUGUAGAGGCCCACCUCCUCCUGUGUUCUGUUGUACCCUCCAGGAUUUGUGGGCCAGUGGUAGGAUGCUUCAGUUAUUACAAGGAUAUUGAGACUUGAUGAGGGCUCAUAAGGAUUAAAAAAAAAAGGAGUUAAUUUAAAUGAUUUUUUUGGUGUUGUUGGAAUAGGCAUACAGAAACAUCCAUACUGGAAGUAACGCUUAGGCAUGACAAAGGUUUUAGGAAGUCAUUUUAAAAGAUUUUCAGUUCUAAACAUAAAAGUUUCAUGAUGCAUAUGCAUGAGGAAAUCUGUGUCGUGCCCACACAUGGAUUAGCAGGAAAUAGUUACAAUUUUGAUGCCACCUUAAGUAAGAGUGGGGACACUUAUGUGUUUGUCACUGCACAAACACAGGGUAGAGAUGGUCAUUGUUCCAAGAACUGACUUCUGAAGCUGAUGGAGCUGGGCCAGACAUGGAGUUGGAUCUUUGCACUGGAGUAGACAUGGCAGGUUGCAACCCAAAUGAAUGUGGGAAGAGAGUUUUGCAUGGGCAGCUGCACAGGUGUCACACACUUGGCACUGUAUCUGAUGCCAUUUGCUGGGGAAUAUCUGAUUCUUUCAUACUGCUGCUCUACUGGUAGGUCCUAAAAGGGGAUGAAACUGUCAGUCACUGCAGUUGCGCAGCAUAUGGGGUAAUUCUCUACAGCAUGAGGUGGAGAUGUUUCAUUUGAAUGUCUUGACAGUGCUGAUCAGUGGACCAGUGCUGGAAGAACUUAUCAGGAGGAGGAAUGUAUGAGUUCAUGUGUUUGGAAAAUUUAUUCUUACAUAUGUAUCACACUAUGGCAAAGUAGGAUGUUUUCAGCAGGCAUGGUGGCAAAAAACAGUGAAACUGUAAUGAGUCCAGGUUUACUUAGUGGGGUCAUCACAAAGCCUUUUAGGAUGAGAGAUACUUGCAAGAAACAUAUGUAUCCUUUUGGCAGAGAAACCUCCCUGCCAAUAGCUUACCUUUAAAGAAAGAAAAAUACAUUACGUUCCUGACUGUAUGAUGUCUUUUAGAAAUUGUACUUCAAAAUACAGACUUUGGAAGGACGCUGCAGAGUCAAGCUCUCAGAAUUCAAGGAUGAAAUCUGUAGUUAGAAUUCUUCCCAAAUCUUAAGUUGUCAUUUCUAGUGGGUUUCGCCGUGUGUUUGUGACCAUAACUGCAUGAGUUAAAAGGAUGAGGAGGAAGAUUGCCCAAUGAUUCUGUUGUUGAGGUUACCAUGCAAGAUCCUUGGAAUAUACCAUCUCCGUGUGAUGUUUAUACAAAGAUUGGCUUAAACUGUAAUUUUGGGUCCUCAAACUGUAAUUGAGGGUCCUCAAAGUGCUGCCACCAUGCAAAUAAAAAUAAGGAAGCAUUGCAUAUUUAGUUUUCUUUUGUCCAGUAUUUUUAUUCAACUCUUCAAAAGUAUUUCAACUCUUUAAAAUAUACUCCAUCCUCAUGCUGAUAUUAAACAUGUUUUAUUUAGAUUCAUUAGUUUUAUCGCCCAAAUUAUUUUUAGCUGUUUUAGCCUGUGCUAAAUACGGGCUGUAAGCGUGUCUCCUCUGCAUGUGUGUUAAAAUUACAUUGCUCUGUUGUAAAUGUAUUUUUACUGUUAUAACAGGAAAAGCGCUCAGACUUUUUUUAAAAUGAGCAAUCAUACGUAUAAUCGACUCGGUUAAAACUUCCUUCCUGCUAAGUGCAGCACUUCCUUUGCAUCUGGGUAGGAGGGCGAGCAAGAAAAGCAGAAGAGCUUAAACAAAGUAUUUUUUGUAUGAAUGAUCUUCCUUUGAAAAAUAGGAACUUCAAAAUUAAACAAAUGAGUCGUCUUCGGCAAUUCAGCCUUUGUUUGAUACGCAGAUUUCUUCUGGCAUGGAGUUGGGUGACUAUGAACAGCCCGUUGUUAUGAGAGAAGAAAACAAACGAAGGAGAAGAAGAAUGAAACCUCAUUGUACAUCGAGUAAUUUGUCUUCAAUGGAACUGAUAUCCAUUGAGUUCAUUUUACCUACAAGCAAUAAGCAUACUAAAGUACCGGAAAUGAUGUUACUCGAAAUAGCUGGAAACUGUACUGUUGAGCAAAUGAAAGCACAAAUUUGGAUGCGUGCAAUAGAGAUGAGUCAAACCACAGACUUCUACCACACGUUCACCCCAGAUCAGUUUGUUCUUCAGUAUCAGAAGAAGGGGCAAUGGUAUGAAAUUUAUGAUAAACAUCAACUAUUACAGACAUUAGACUGCAUACUGUACUGGAAAGUGUUACAGAAGAAAGUGGGCAAGAUAUACGUAGUCCAGAAACAAAAGCCAUCAGAAGAAGUUCAGGAAUUUCAGCGGCAGCUUAAUGAUUUAAUUGGUUAUGAUGUUACUGAUGUAAGCAACGUGCACGAUGAUGAGCUAGAAUUUACCCGACGCAGAUUAGUCACUCCACGAAUGAUAGAGGUAGCCUGUAGAGAUCCUAAAUUGUAUGCAAUGCACCCAUGGACAACAUCUAAGCCACUCCCAGAAUAUUUGUUUAAAAAGAUCACUAAUAAUAACAUUUUUAUAAUCAUACACAGAGGAACAACGAGCCAGAAAAUUAAAGUGUCAAUAGAUGACACUCCAGAUAUGAUUCUCCAUAGCUUUUUCACAAAAAUGGCAAAGAAAAAAUCUUUGAUGGAUAUUCCUGAAGAUCAUAGCGAACUGGAUUUUGUUCUUAGGAUUUGUGGCAGAGAUGAGUACAUUACUGGAGACACACCCAUCAAGGAUUUUCACUGGAUAAGACAGUGCCUUAAGAAUGGGGAAGAAAUCCACCUUGUGUUAGACAACCCCCCUGACCCAAGUGAGGAUGAGGUACAGAAGGAAGAGUGGCCAUUGGUGGAUGACUGUACCGGAGUUACAGGAUAUCACGAACAAUUGACAAUAGAUGGAAAAGAUCAUGAGAGAGUCUUCACUAUCUCUUUGUGGGAUUGUAAUAGGAAAUUCAGGGUGAAAAUAAUUGGUAUCGACAUCCCAGUUUUACCAAGAAAUACUGAUCUUACUGUAUUUGUGGAGGCUAACAUUCAACAUGGGCAACAGCUCCUUUCACAAAGGAGGACUUCCUCAAAGCCUUUUACUGAGGAGGUUCUGUGGAAUAUUUGGUUGGAGUUUGAUAUCAAAAUCAAGGAUUUGCCUAAAGGAGCACUCUUGAAUCUUCAGAUAUAUUGUGGUAAAGCACAGGGAUUGUCCACAAAGACAAACCUUCAGUCACAUGAAUCCCCCAACUCUGAUUCAAAAUGCAAAACUCAACUUCUCUAUUACGUGAAUCUUUUACUGAUAGAUCACCGUUUCCUGCUGCGAAGUGGGGAGUAUGUUCUCCACAUGUGGAAAAUCCCAGGCAAAGGGGAAGAACAAGGAAGUAUCAAUGCAGACAAACUCACCUCAGCAACUAAUCCGGAUAAAGAAAACUCGAUGGCUAUCUCUAUUGUGCUGGACAAAUAUUGUCACCCGAUUGCCUUGCCCAAGCACAGGAUAACAUCUGACUCUCAGGGGGACAGGACACGAGCUGAAAUGCCCAACCAGCUUCGCAAGCAACUUGAAGAGAUCAUAGCAACUGACCCACUUAAUCCACUUUCUCCUGAGGACAAAGAACUGUUGUGGCACUUUAGGUAUGAAAGCAUAAAGCACCCCAAGGCAUACCCUAAGCUGCUUAGCUCUGUCAAAUGGGGACAACAAGAAAUAGUGGCCAAAACAUACCAGUUGCUAGCUAAAAAGGAGGUGUGGGAUCAAAGCACUUUAGAUGUUGGACUCACAAUGCAGCUUCUGGACUGUAACUUUUCUGAUGAAAAUGUACGAGCAAUGGCAGUUCAAAAACUGGAAAGUUUAGAAGAUGAUGAUGUUCUUCAUUACCUUUUGCAACUUGUGCAGGCUGUGAAAUUUGAGCCCUAUCAUGACAGCGCAUUAGCCAGAUUUCUGCUGAAACGGGGUUUAAGAAACAAAAGAAUCGGUCACUUCUUGUUUUGGUUUUUAAGAAGUGAGAUUGCCCAGUCUAUGCACUACCAACAGAGGUUCGCUGUGAUCCUAGAAGCCUAUCUUCGGGGCUGUGGAAAAGCAAUGCUGCAUGAUUUCAUGAAACAGGUUCAAGUCAUUGAAUUGCUGCAUAAAGUCACAAUGGAGAUAAAAUCAGUUUCUGCAGAAAAAUACGAUGUCACUUCUCAAGUUAUUGCACAGCUUAGACAAAAGCUUGAAAAACUACAGGGCAGCAAACUUCCAGAAAGUUUUAGAGUCCCGUAUGACCCUGGGCUAAGAGCAGGACCCCUGGUGAUAGAAAAAUGUAAAGUAAUGGCAUCCAAGAAGAAGCCCCUUUGGCUUGAGUUUAAAUGUGCAGAUCCAACUGCUCUAUCAAAUGAAACCAUAGGCAUCAUCUUUAAACACGGAGAUGACCUCCGUCAGGACAUGCUUAUUUUACAGAUUCUUCGAAUAAUGGAAUCCAUUUGGGAAGCAGAAUCCUUGGACCUCUGUUUGCUACCGUAUGGCUGUAUUUCUACAGGGAACAAAAUAGGAAUGAUUGAAAUUGUGAAAGAUGCUACAACGAUUGCCAAAAUUCAGCAGAGUACAGUUGGCAACACUGGUGCAUUUAAGGAUGAAAUACUGAACCAGUGGCUCAAGGACAGAUGUGUCAUUGAGGAGAAGUUUCAGGCAGCUGUGGAAAGGUUUGUUUAUUCCUGUGCUGGCUACUGUGUGGCAACCUUUGUUCUUGGAAUAGGAGACAGACACAAUGAUAACAUUAUGAUCACAGAAACAGGUAACCUUUUUCAUAUUGAUUUUGGCCAUAUUCUUGGGAAUUAUAAAAGCUUCCUUGGAAUUAAUAAGGAAAGAGUUCCUUUUGUGCUGACUCCGGAUUUUCUGUUUGUCAUGGGGACCUCUGGAAAGAAGACAAGUCUCCAUUUCCACAAAUUUCAGGAUGUGUGUGUGAAGGCUUAUUUAGCUCUCCGACAUCACACCAACCUGCUCAUCAUCCUGUUCUCCAUGAUGCUAAUGACUGGAAUGCCCCAGUUAACCAGCAAAGAGGAUAUUGAAUAUAUCCGGGACGCGCUGACAGUAGGGAAAAGCGAAGAAGAUGCUAAAAAGCAUUUCCUUGAUCAGAUCGAGGUUUGCAGAGAUAAGGGCUGGACUGUGCAAUUUAACUGGUUCUUACAUCUUGUGCUUGGAAUCAAGCAAGGAGUAGAAAAGCAUUCUGCUUAACAUUUGGUGUAAACUAUCUGUAGGUGUGAAUAGGAAGUUAGUGAAUGUACUCGUUGUUAUUUAUGCAUUCCGAAUACAUGAGCAGUCAGUACUGCCUUUACCUCGCUGGCAGCUUCUAAAAAGGCUUUUUUUUUUUUUUUUUUUGGUCUGCCUUUCCAGAAGAGCUUUCCUGCAGUUAAGAUAUAUAUAUUUUUAAUGUCUAAUGAUGCUUCCAGUUGCCGGACUGUCAACUAGCUGCUUUGCUGAUGUGGCCUGCAGUUUUCUUCUUUCCUUUAGUAAUAAUGAAGGAGGAGCUUGGGUCAGAUGAUAACCUGCAGUAUCAGAUAGAAAUUUUCAGUAGCAUUGCCUUAAUUGUUCAUGGGAGUCAGGCCUUCAAAUGGGGAAAAAUAGAUUCUGUUUAAAAUCGAUGGUAAUAUUGAAAUCCCUGCAGGAAAUUGAUUUCUUUAUCAGGAUGGCUUUUACUCAAGUGUUCUUCACCCACGUCGCUUCCCUUUGUCCCACUUCAUUCCUGUUCUGAUUUUUAAUAUGUGUCGGUAGAAAACCUUGACUCCGCUGCCAAAAGAAAUUGCUUUAUUAUCAUUGUGGCCUCUUGACAUACACAGCUGAGCUUGACUGUUGCUGUAAGAGAGCUUCGUAGUUCCCUGGAAGCUUCUCCGGUUUGAACCUGAAAUUCUUAAGGUUUAAUUUUGGACAGAUUUUUUACUGUAUUUUUUUUUUUAACAGGGAAGUUCCAUAUUAUAUUACAGAUUAUAUAUUCUUCAUGUAAAUUUACUGAAAUUCCACCUGCAUGGUAAAAGCUUUGUAGAAAAAUCAAUGGUACUUCCUUAUUGCUCAGAGAAAGCUCGUCACGUAAAAGUAAUUGACAUUUUACCAAAUAUUUGAGAAACCCAAAGUUAUUUAUUCUUUGGAGAGAUAUUUUCGGGAGAUACCCUUAAGGAGUUAAAUUUAAUCUUUGAGAUUGUGUAUAUUUUGCUAUUUAUUUUUAAAUUCUUUAAGAGACUUUACUACUGAAAAGCUAUUUAUGAAAGAGAAGAAAUAAUUUCAAUAUUUAAACCUAAGAGAGGAAAAAACGAUCAGCGUUGAGUAGAAUUGUAACUUCUCUGCUGUAGGAUACCUGCAAAUCACCUACACUGCCUAAGGUAGGAACAACUAUAUAUCAUGAAUUAGUCUUUGACUCCAGUUGUUACCGUAUACUUCCUGCUGAUUGAUUCUUACCAAAGAGAGAAGAUGGCUUACAGUAUUGCUUUUUUGCACUCGUGCCCGUGUAAUUUCUUCUUCCAUUGCAGUUUUACAUGGGUUUUACUCUACAUUUAAAUGAUGAACUGAAUUUUGUAAUUCUGUUAUCCUUUGCUUUGAUCGCUUCACAGAACUGUUAAGAUUUUAACUACUGCUACCACCGUUACUACUGAGCGUAUCCUGGAAGGAUUUUACUAAAUGUACUGUAAUUGGUGUCUCGGUUAUGAGAUAGAGCCAAUCUCUUUUUGAAACAUAGAUGUUUAAUUGAUUUCCGUGCACAAUGACAUUUUUGAUGUGUACGAUAGACUGAGUUAAGGAGAUCUGAAAGGGUAAAACGUAGAAUAUUUUGUUGUUCUCUUACAUUACCAUUCUGUGCAAGAUAGGCUUAAAACCGUACUAAAAUACAAAGUAAAUGGUGAAUACUGUCUGUAAAGUGAUAUUUUUAGAUUUGUAUUUUGUAGAUCUGAAAUAAAUUGAUUGAUAUGUUCUAUUCA